AGCCCGUUCUGCCACCCUGGAGAUCCCGAAUCCAACUCGGCCCCAGUUCUCCGCUGCCUCUGCUCUUCCGUUCAUCAUGCCAUUCAUUGAGCUGGACACUAAUUUGCCUGGCAACCGUGUGCCCGAGGGACUAGAGAAGCGACUCUGCUCGGCCACCGCCGCCAUCCUGAACAAACCUGAGGAGCGCAUAAAUAUUACCGUGAGGCCUGGCCUGACCAUGACCCUGGGCGGAUCCACGGAACCUUGUGCCCAGCUGGUUGUCUCCUCCAUCGGCGUGGUGGGGACCGCUGAGGAGAACCGUGGCCACAGUGCCCGCUUCUUCGAGUUCCUCACUAAGGAGCUGGCCCUAGGCCAGGACCGCAGCCUGGAACAUAUGGGCAGUUGGCUUGGUUUAUGAAGAAUAUUGAACUGGGAUGUUUCCUGUUGUCACAUUUGCUGCUCCAUAUGUUUAUAGCAAUGAAAUCAGGUGAAAGGCUCAGCCUGGAGGGUUGCAACACAAUGGGAAUGUGUGGGAGCACCUGGUCUGCCCUGGAACUUCCUGCAUACUCUGGUGAUGGCCUGAGAUUUCUAAUCUCAACUUAGUGUGGCCUAGACCGUCACUUUCUGUUGAUUGCUAUGCUGGCCUGGCACACAGGGCUGCUUGCAUUUCAGGGAUCUUCCCUGGACUCACUUUGCAUGCUGACUCUUGUUGACAAAUGACUGGAGCAGGGAGCUGUGCAUUAUGCAAAAUGCAUGCCA